AAUGCGCUGACCAGCCCAAUACUCAUAAGAAGAAGAGGAAGAAAAAGAACGUGAAGUCGCGAACUCUUUUCAAAUUAAAUUUCAUUUGUAGCGAACAAUCACAUUGUAUUAACAUUUUUGUACGACAUGAAUAUCAUAUCCACGAGCUCCGUUUCUGUUCUGUCGGGACAAAACAAGCCUCAACUGUGACUUCCGGCGACCCUUCAGCCACCAAGACAUCUCAGCAACAAACAUCACAGCUUAGGUAUUUUUUUUUAAAGAGAACUAACGUUAGCAAGUUGGACGUGAACAGACACUAAGGGACUAUGCUGUUUUUUCUCACUAAUUACUUAGUUCUUACAAGUUAAUAAGAGCGUUCACAAGUACAGAACAUCAUAUGACACUUUGGCUAUGUAUUUAGCCAUUUCCUGUAAGGUAACGUUAGCUACUUCCUAUUUAAAGUCACAGCCACAGAACUGUAUGAGAACAGCUUGAGGGGCGGGAAACGUAUUUUAAACUGGCUGCUGUAUUGCAGUAAAUACAAACAAUUUGGCUGACCCACUAAACAGUUGAGCUAGUUUAUUAACAUCGACGUUCAUUAUUUUAAACUUGACAAGGGACUGCAAGGAAAUAAUCGCUGAAGUAAUGCCCAGUGUCGUUUUGAGUGCAAAUUAUGUGGAAGCAUUAACGUCAGAUAAGCUUGACGAGUCUACUUCAAGCUCGGACGCUGCAGAUGUUUUAAUUCGCUCAACUAACCAGAACUGCUUUGAAAAACGGAAUGGAACCAUUUCAGUCGAACGUUGUAACGAUAACGACAGAGUAAAGAUUUCUGUGAAGGGACUAUGUGAAGUUACAUUUUCAUCCAUGGAAGCAACAACAGAAACGGUCCUGGAACAAGAACAAACAUUUGUACCCCCAGCUCUACCAACAAACAAAACACUAGCCAUUUCCCCGGAAGCGCGAAAGGCAACUUUAUCGGACAAGUCUCAAGUGCAGCCGGGGGACCUCAAGGCUUCAAGUGCAGAAGGAAAGAAACCACUUUCCCUCAGUCGCCCGCCUGGGGGCAGAAUGCUCAAAGGACAAGAUGUGCUGAUAUCGGAGUUUGCUGGGAGUAAAGAGGCUGUGCGGGCAGGCUUAAAGCAGAGGUCCAGCAGUGUCCCCCUGAGGCGAGAGGUGAAGGUGCAGCUGCUGAACCGGCCAUUGUCUGCUACCCAGGCACCCCAGCUGCCCGCGGGACCCCAGCCACCCUGGUCUCCAGGGGCCCAGGGGGCGAGUGCUGCAGCUGCAGCCGUCACUGCUGCUGCCCUCACCGUCACUGCGCCGCUGCUCAAGGCGCAGAGUGAGCUGGACUCACGGCUGGCCCGUUUCUCUGAGGACCUGUGGCGGCUGCAGGCGGGAUGUGUGCAGGGCCUCAGGCCUCAGGAGGACCGCAGCAACAUGCUGGAGCAGCAGAUAGACACCCUGACCCAACAGAGACUGCAACACCUUGAGAGGAUCCAGGAACAACAGCUACAACUGCAGAACCGUCUUCUGCACUCCGCCUUGGACGUGGUGGCUACCCGUGUGCCCGGGCCCCUCGGCCAGACGUCCACACUGGCGCCAGUCCCUCACGAGCAGAGCGCCGGACCCCUUGUUCCCCAGACCCCUGUCACAGCUGGAGCAGCUGCCGCAGCAGGUGACCUGCCCCAGCAUGGACGUGGGAAGCAGAGCCCCUCGGAGACCCCGGCGCCCCGCAGGUUCGCCCCCAUGCCCAUGUCCCGGAAAGCCAAGACCUGGAACACCAAGGAGUGCCCUGUGCCGGACCCACGGAGGGCGUCCCGUCCCACAGGUGGAAAUGGCAGGCUCCUGGAAGAGAUCCUUAACAACCCCAAAUCUCUCGGGAGCAGAACGCAGCCUGCAGGUGGAAAGAAGGUUGCCAUAGCAACAGCUGUCUGCCAACCAGAACCACCCAGUGGCAGUGAGCUGCGGCAGCCGUUCCCUUCAAGCGGCUCCUGUGUCAGAGCUCCAGAGCAGGCCAGCACAGCCACGAGGAAGCCCAGCAGCGAGCACCCUGGCCUGGGCCGUGCGCUGCGAGAGUCCCCCUCCGUCUCCGGCUCGGCCAUGGAGAAGGCCACAGGCAUGCUGCAGGACCUGGGUCGGCUCAAGCAGGAGAUGCAGACCCUGCUGCAGGAGGGCCGGCAGUAUCCUCCGCCCUGCCUGGGUGCUCACUGCAAGACGGGGUCUGUGUUCCCUGGACGUGUCCUGCCUGUCGAUGCGCUCAUGAACGAGGGCGGCGAGCCAGCCGCCCUGCCCCCUCCUCCUCCUCCUCCUCCUCCUCACGUCUCCACGGGUCCUCCUGCCCAAGGUGAAGAGCGUGUCCGUGGCAACCUGGCUCGGCCUCAGGCCCCUAAGCCUCGGGCCCCCCAGCCUCGGGCCCCCCAACCCGCCCCGCUGAACAACCAGCCCCCACCGUCCAUGUUCGAGGAUGCAGGGAAGGCCCUACGCCGAGUCCAGCGCCACAAGAGGGUCCUGGAGGAGAAUCUGGAGGCCAUUUUGAGGGCGAAGGAUGGUGAAGCUCUGCACUGUCAGCUGGAGGCGCUGUGUUCCAAUGGGGAUGCCAAAGAAGCAGUGAGAAUAAAGAAGACGGUGGACGCUUGGAUCAGCACUCUUUCAAAGGAAAUCCAGGCUGAAAUGGGGAGAGAAGACUUUGCAGCUCAAAGGACCGAGCUGGACAAAGGGAGCCACAGCGGUUCCCCGCUGAAGGGCGGGGGGGCCAAGGACUUCUGCCGGCUGAAAGAGUCGACAGGCAGGACUCAGAGCAUAUCUGCAGGAAGAAAGCCCUUUCAGAGAGGGGCCCAAGGACAGACUCAUGAGGCACAGCACAAACGCCUCGUCCCCUCUCUGAACACCAGGGGUCCCCACCAACCGGCAGCAAGGCAGCAGGAGUCUUCAGCACCAGUCCUAGAUGGCCACAGUCCACCUAGCAAGUUUUUGGCCAGACUUUUUGGAGCACCCAAGUCUGAAAAGGAGGAUGAGGAGUAUUUGAUGAAGGUCUACGGGAAGGUGUUGUACGACGGUCAUCGUAGAACGUUGAAGAAGGCUCCCUAUCUCCGCUUCAGCUCUCCGUCCCCAAAAUCCAAACCCCAGCGGCCGAGGGUGGUUGAGCGUGUUAAAGGAGUCAAAGUGAAGUCAGCUAAAACACAGACCAACCUGUGCCCAGACAAACCCCGCAUCAUUGACACAGAGCCCCAGUAUUUAUUUAGUCCUGCAAGAGGGGGUCCUGAUGACCCCGGUGCCCCCCAAACCCCACUGGAGGGUCUUCUCAUCCCCAUGGCGAUCCCACUAGGCCAGCCCAGAGUGGAUGGAGGGGUGCCUCAGCCGUCCCGUGUCAUCAUCAGUCGCCGUCCAGUGACCGUGACCACCUCAAUCCCCCCAGCCCCGCCCAAACAGGCCAGAAAACCCAAUGUGGUGGUCAUGGAGGUUCAGUCGGAGAGGAAACGGACCGCCCAGCUCCAGGUGCAGGUUCUCCCCAGUGUGGACAUCGACAGCGUCUCCAGUGAGAGCUCUGUGCGCUCUCCGCCCCCUCCUCCCCCCCCUCCACAAAUUCAGACAGUGGAGCAGAUUCCAGAGAAAGAUGACACGGUCUUCCCUGGAACCGAUUACCUGGCGGUCGCUGACAUAUCUCAGGAGCUGGAGGAGGAGGACUUCAUGGACUCCCCCAUCCAGCUGAACGGUUCUGCCGAGCCCCCGUCCCCCAUGUACCACGGCCCAGCUUACCCACCGCAGCCGUCAGGGCCCGCCCCAGGCACAGAGUCCAUCCUGGGGACCAUUCAACAGCGGGAGACCCUGGAGAACCGGCUGGUGGACUGGGUGGAGCAGCAGCUCAUGGCCAGGGUGAUCACAGAGAGGUUUCCGGUGCAUGCGCCGAUGGAGCAGGCCAGCCUGUCAUCAGAGGGAAGCUGCGUAUUCGGCUCUGAUAUAGUUGAAGCGGCAGGUGGAGGGGGCCUGCAGUAUUUUGUGGAUGCUGGAGUUCCAGUCGACUCGGCCCUGAUCAGACAGUAUGUGACUGAUGCCCUGGCUGAGACCAUAGCACUUGUGCUCGGCCAGAGAGAGGGGCGGAGAGGGCCCCCCACACCCCCUGGACAGGAUGUCCCGGACACAGCGACGGCGGUGGUGCCCACCCCUGUGCCCACUCCUGGGCCCAGUCCCAGGGAGAGCCCCGUGCCCCCGGCCAGAGAGCCUUCCCCUCCCAGCACCCCCGAGCCUUCAGAACAGGGCUGCAGCAUGGAGUCGCCCCCGGACAUGAUCUCCCCUGAGGUCCCAGACGCACGCCCUGCAGAAGCAGAGCGGAGUCCGGUGGCCACUCCCGCCAUCACUCCUGUCCCAUCUCCACCUCGAGUGGCGACGCCAACAGCCCCUCCCACCCUUUGGAAUACGGAGUCGGUUCGACACGUCGACCCCUGGGGAGGUGCAGAGCUCCCCCUGGAAGAGGAGGUCCCACACUGUGAGAGUGAGGGCCCACAUCAGUUCCACAAGCCCGUGUUGAUGUCUGUUGCCAAGGAGGAGGAGCCAGUCAGUCUAGUGUCUGUAUCGCCACCUGUUCUUCCAAAGCAGUCCCCACCCCGACACACACCGACCCCUCCCCUUUUGCCAGAGACCCCACCCCCUGCCUCCUCUCUCUCCAGUGAGGGCAGCAGCUCGAGUCUGUCCGUCACAGAGACGGACGCAGCCAACAGGCAUAUCUCAGAGGGGGAGCUCCUCAUCAGCACUGGACCCAUGGCAGCAGCAAGAGUUAUGGCAGAGGAAGGACUGAGUUUAGCUGCCUUCAACACAAGCCUCUCCAGUUCCUUGCAUGGAGUCCUGGACAUUGAUUAUGACCCUCCCAGUGAGGGCCAGGUGGUGAGGAGGCCUCGGGUCCCACACCACUGCGACCCCUUCCUCUCCCUGCUGGCCAAAAUGGACCAGGGUACGGUGGCGCUGCAAGAAGUCACCCACUUCCCCGAGGGCUCCUGUGAAGAGGAGAGCAGUGCAGGUGAACUCAGCGAGGGCCAGAGGCCUCGGCUGACCGCCAUAGGGGAACGCUUGAUGACCGGACACUCCCUCCUGCUGGACCAACCCACUUACGGCCAACUGGCACCAGGACCAUUGCACAACCAGGGAGGCCAGUUGUCUCCAGGACAGCUGUCUUUAUCAGCAGGAAUGAUGCUUGACAAUGUCCAGGCCAGUGAGAAUCCAGUCAACCUGAUGGAGCUGGAGGCAUCGCCACACACCCAACCUGUGGCCUGCGACGUUGAAGAACAGCCCUCUGACUCAACAGUUCCUGCCCAUGGACCUGUUCCAAUCCUGGUCAGGCAAUAUCAGGAGAGACCCAGAGACACCGAUGAGCCAGAUGCUGCGUUCGCCUUGAGCUCCGCAGGUCAGUACAGCCCCACGACCAUGCUAGUGACACUGCCGACCGCUGGGCCGGAUGAGUCAGCCAGCGUCAGCGCGGUGGAAACAGACUCCUCUGAAAACUACACGCUCUAGGAGCCGUCUGAGGACUGGGGCCUGUGUCAAUGAUCCGCCUCUACAAUCAUGAGAUUCCUACCAAAUUUCCUCUAGAAUAACUAGUUAAUGAAAUACUUUGAGGCAACUAGAUUGUUUGUAUAUGUUUUUAAGGAAUAAAGUUUGAUAGUACUGUUUUUAGAAUAAACAAAAUGGACCAUCCUGUGCUUUGUGACGAAGCUUUUCCUACAUUCUGUUGACUUUGCAAUGUAGUAUGUUUUCUGUGGUGAAGUGCCUUCUGAAGAAGCUGUUAUUAAAAUUGUAUUUGAACUCUU